AUGUCGGCCACGCCUGGUGUUAAGCGCAAGCGUUCCAGAGCCCAGUCUCUCCCUGCCCCCGAACUGCCUCGUCUCGUCGCCGAACAACAUACUCCCAUACCCUCGAACGACAAAGACACGAAACGACUCAUUGUCGUGUUGUCCAAUGCCAGUCUGGAAACCUACCGGGCGGCCAGUGGGAAGGCCGGAGGCAAGGAAGAAAAAUAUUCAUUGCUGAACAGUGACGAGCACAUUGGUGUCAUGCGCAAGAUGGGUCGAGACAUCAGCGACGCCCGACCCGACAUCACUCAUCAGUGUCUUUUGACCCUCCUCGACUCGCCCAUCAACAAGGCCGGAAAACUGCAGAUCUACAUCCACACCGCCAAAGGCGUUCUGAUCGAAGUGAGCCCAACCGUUCGAAUUCCCAGAACGUUCAAGCGUUUUGCUGGUCUUAUGGUCCAGCUCUUGCACCGGCUAUCGAUCCGUUCGGUCAAUUCGCAGGAAAAAUUGCUCCGGGUCGUCAAAAACCCCAUCACCGACCACCUUCCGGCGAACUGCAGGAAAGUGACGUUGAGUUUCGAUGCCGACGUCGUCCGAGUCCGAGAUUACGUCGACACCUUGGGCAGCAACGAGAGCAUCUGCGUCUUUAUCGGUGCCAUGGCCAAGGGCAAAGACGACUUUGCCGAUGCCUUCAAGGAUGAGGCUAUUAGUAUCAGCAACUACAGUCUCAGUGCCAGCGUCACCUGCAGCAAGUUCUGCCAUGCCUGCGAAGAUGCUUGGGAUAUCAUCUGA